AUGCCGAAGAGGGCCCGAGAGACCGACGAAAGGCAAGACUCCGAGUGGACCGGGUGCGCCGUUAUGAUGACCCCUGCCGCUGCACGCGGCAAGCGCCUGCCAGAGGCGAUCGUGAUGAAGAUUCUGCGCGUGACGCGGGGCGUAGGUGCCUCCAAAGUCCUGGUGGAGUACGACCUCAAUGGCGUGAAGAAGCAGUAUACAGACACUUUCCUCUCGGGCACCCCACUCUCAGAGCGUUACGUCGCCGUAGCAACUCAGGCUGUACCCGGGAACUGCGAGAGAUUCAUGGCAGCGUGGUCCUUCGAGGGUGCAGCACCUUACCUGCCCCUCGCAACAGGUGCUCGCGAACGCGCCCUCGGAGAGGUUUUGCCAUCCUUUCAGCUGCGGACGAAUGUCGAGCUGCCUAUCUCCAUCGACAAGCCCGAUGCGCUCAGGGCGGCGGCCGCGGUGCUUGCCUGCGCUAUCCAGCCCUUCAGAUUAGACGCCGUCUUCCGAGUUUCUUGCGGGGACGAGUUCUUCGUGACAGAAUCGGAGGCCGUGCGUGCCGAAGCCAUGGGGCGGCGCUGCAGGGAUGCGUGGAUGCAAACCGUGUUUUGCGGCCGCUCCCCCGAGCACGAAGAGUCUGCGCGCAGGAUUGGGCGGUGCUUGCUGCACCCAUGGCAGGCGGCAGUUGUUGCCAGGAUCAUGCGUUUGGCCGGACGGGCAGGCUCAGCGCCGGAGAGAAUGGUCACUGAUUUCGCUUGCACGGUGGAUGGGCAGGCCCCGGUCCGCGUGCAAUGCCUCGUGCCGCAGCGCGCCGCCGUGCUCCACGCGGGCACCGGCAUGGGUAAGACGUUUGUGGCUGCGGCGCUCUGCUUGGACCGCCUCGCCUACUGCAUAGCGCUGCCCAACUCAUUACGGCAAUGGGUCCGCGAGGCGACGAAGAUAGGCGCCCGCGCUGUCUGGGCGGAGAGUUCGGAGUCACUCAGGGGGCACGUUGCUUCCCUGGCUGAGAGUUCGCCCCGAGCUGGCCUCAUCAUACUCUUGCACACCCUGCUGCGCAGCCACAAUUUCUGGCAGCUAGCGCUUCCUCAACCCGAUCUGCUCAUCGUGGAUGAAAUCCACAAAGCUCGGGGAGAGUUUCCUCAGUGCGUCUUCCGCUUGGUGGAGAAAUUCUGGCCUGUCUUCACGCUUGGCCUCACAGCAAGCCUGGAGAGCAAUGAUGGACGUACGGAGAAGGCCGUCGCUCGUCUGCUGGGCCUGGACCCUCGCGCCCUGCCAGGAGCCGUCAUCACUGUCCCUUCCUGCGCAAACGCUGCUGUCUAUCCCACGGCGUCCUUCGAAUUUCGCGAAGUGCGCCUGAGCAACGUGGAGCGCUCUGCUUACGCCGUGGCGACGGAGAUCGGCAGUGCAGAGCAGGUAAUCCGAGCCAUGCUGUUCCCAGCUGCCUCAGACCAGGACGGCGGCUUUCAGGUGGAGGAUAAGCUGGGCGGCGACAUUGCCGCACGCGUCUUCAAUCGUGUGGCUAGGCGGGAGUGCCCAGAGUCCUUCGACACUGGGGCGCUCACGCGGCGCCGCGUGGACGGAGUCUGGGAGAGCCACGCUAGGCUGCUGGGCGCCUAUGCCUACGUCUCCGGGGCGCUGGCCAAGGUCGACGCUAACGUGCCGGUGGAGUGCCCCAUCUGCUUCGAGAGCGUUGCAGACUACUAUCUCGGACAAUGCGGGCAUUUUGUAUGUGCCGGCUGCCGCCCGCGCGUCCAGAAGUGCCCUCUCUGUCGCGCCUCGGGCCGAGUGUGGCGCAGCGGCAGCGCCUUGUGCCAGGAGCUGGCAGCUGCGCAGACGGACGAGCCGCUGGAAACGCAGCGGCAAACGAGCGCCAAGUUCUACGAGCUCGCGAAAAUCAUCAGAGGCCUUGGAGGGUCAGAGCGAGUGCUGGUCGUCUCGCCGCUGAAAUCAAUGCUCGACGACGUCCACGCUGAAAUGUUGAAGUUGGGCCACUCGCUGGCCAUUCUGCGCGGAGGGGCUGUGGAGCAGCAGAACACAUUGAGGGCAUGGCAGGCAGGAGGCUUCAAGGGAUUGCUCAGUGACCCUGACAUUCCAGCGUUGAAUCUAAGUGAGGCGAGCACCGUCGUCUUCCUCUCGCCGCAGCUCACAGAUGUGCAAUUUGCGCAGGCCGCGGGGCGAGUGGUCAGACAGGGGAGCUUCCACAAAAGCGUUCGAGCCAUUGUGCUGGGUGCAGCAGGAACCCGGGAGACAGAAGAUGCCGAGAAGAUCGAUCGCUUUCGCAGGAUUGCUUGCGAGCACUCCGGCGGCACAUCCUCCGGCGCUUGCCUGUAG